AUGCCCUCGAUCCCGUCCGUAGCCAUCUCGCGAGUUGAGCCCGACUUCUCCUUCAAGACCCAACCUGCUGCGCUUGCUCGACGGAGAGACAACACCUCGGCACCCAAGGGCAAGCUGUUGAUCAAACUCAUCGCCGCACGACAGAUCUCGGCCCCUUCCUCCGGGUCAAGACCUUACGUCGUCGUCACCUUUGACCAGAACGAGUUCGUCAGUCGGGAACCCGUCCACGAGCAGGAGCGCGAAACGACCGGGUCGGCUAAGCCCAAGACCGAGGCCGCCACCGUACGACUGGCCCAUUCGCCUGGUCCGACCGCUGCAGUCGCCUUGUCGAAGGAGGGUCCGCCACGCACCGACAGCCCUUCCCCCGCUUCGUCGUCGUCGUCGUCUUCAGACGGACUUCCAGCCGCGGCCAUCUCGGCCAACAUGUCACCCAACUCUUCGGCACUUAGUCGAGCAUUGCAUCAGAACGGAGGAGGAGCGAUGUUACACCCUGCACCACUCUCACCGGCACCGAAAACGACGGCGACCCCGAUCGCCCCCGUCGCACUGGCGCCACCCGCGGAAGAGAAUGACGACGCCAAAAUGAUGUCCAUCUCGCAGCCGAUAUCGAGCGAGUUGCUCAGUUUAUCCGCCUGCAACCCUACAUGGAAGCAGGAAGUCUUGUUGUGAGCUGUCUUUCGGUCGAUGUUGGUCGUAUUCUGUCAGCAAGAGACUGAGCUCAUCCUUUGGUUCCCUCGCGCAGCGACGUUAUGAAUGAGAAAUCGGUCGUGCAGGUGCAGAUUUACGAUCGGGCAGUCGAGGAAGAGAUGUUCUUGGGAUUAUGCGAGAUCCGACCAAAACUCGUCAACAACCAUAUCAUUGACGAGUGGUUCCCGUGAGUUCUUUUACAUUUCGGGGCUGGAUCGACAGGCACUGACCUGUUUGGUGUGGCCGAACUAGACUUCGACCGCGGUCAGAGGACGAACUGGUCACAGGAGAGAUUCGGAUUCAGAUCCGAUACGAGAAGUUCGAUGUAAGUCUCCAGGUUCUUUUACUUUGAACUCUUUUCGUGGUGACUGGGAAGCUGACCAGGUUUACCUCCGCUCUUCUUCACCCAGUUCAAGAAGGGUCUGUCCGUACACGAUUUUGACUUUCUACGCAUGAUCGGCAAGGGCACCUUCGGUCGAGUCUUCCAAGUGCGCAAAAAAGACACGAAGCGCAUCUACGCCAUGAAGGUUCUGUCGAAGCGAGAGAUCGUGGCCAAAAAGGAGGUCGCGCACACGAUUGGCGAACGCAAGAUCUUGCAACGGUCGUCGGACUCGCCGUUUUUGCUCGGACUCAAGUUCUCGUUCCAGUCCGAGACGGAUCUAUACCUGAUUAUGGACUACAAGUCUGGGGGAGAGCUUUUCCAUCACUUGCAAAAAGGUUUGUCGUGCCCCUUCUGACCUAUGCCAGUGCACGCACGCAGCUGACCUUCCAAUGUCUUCGUUCACAGAGGGUCGAUUCACGGAGGACCGAGCAAGAUUCUACACGGCCGAAAUCACCUUAGCAUUCGAGCAUCUACACAAGUUCGACAUCGUCUAUCGGUAUGUUGCGUCGAAUCAACUCCUUGCUUUGUAACUUGAGCGCUGACUUAUGGCCCUUGCCGUGUAGUGACUUGAAACCCGAAAACAUCUUACUGGACGCGACAGGGCAUAUCGUGCUGUGCGACUUUGGUCUCUCUAAACCCGACCUGCCCUCCGACGCCCUCACCAACACCUUCUGCGGUACAACCGAGUAUCUCGCUCCAGAAGUUCUGCUCGACGAUCAUGGCUACUCGAAACUGGUCGAUUUCUGGUCGCUCGGUGUCUUGCUAUUCGAGAUGUGUUGCGGUUGGAGUCCGUUCUAUGCCGAGGACACGCAGCAGAUGUACAAGUUGAUCUGCUUCGGCAAGGUCAAGUUCCCUCGGGGCGUGAUCGGUGAAGACGGUAAACAGUUCGUCAAGGGGCUGCUGAAUCGUAACCCCAAGCAUCGAUUGGGGGCGCAACGGGAUACGGAGGAGUUGAAGGAACACCCGUUCUUCAAAUUGAUCGAUUGGGAAGCUCUAGCGGCACGCCAGAUUCCCCCGCCGUUCAAACCUUACGUCGACUCGGACGAAUCGGUCGCCAACUUUGAUCCCGAAUUCACCGAAGCGAACCUGCUCGAGGAAGCGCCCGUCGACGUUCAAUUCGACGAGGACGACCCUUCAGCCGAUUGGGUCGAUACGGCUUCGAGAACACGACCGAGCAUGACGAAUCGAGCGACGCCGAUGGAGAUUCGAGAGAAACGAAGAGCCGCGCCAAACCCCGCCGAUGCAUUGACAAGUAGUGUACAGGAGAACUUCAGAGGUUUUACCUUCUCUGGGGAAGGGGAGUCGAUGAUUCAUCAUGCGGCUGGGUUAUUCGCGACGACACAGAUCCAUCCUCCGUCACCGGAUGGACUGAAGGGUGUGAACGAUGCGGAUGAAUGGGAGGACGAGGCGUUACACCCGACACGCCGCAAUGGGAACAAAACAUCGAACCCCAACGGAUCGGACAUCCUGAUGCGAUGA